CAUUGCAGCAUAGAAUACCAUUUUUAUUAGUUGUUAUUUUUUGCAAAUUAUAUUACUACAAAAUCGAAGCAACGGCGAAGAAAGAAUUUGAGUUUGGGGAAACUUGAGGCCGAAUAUACAGCAUGUUAAUCGCUACAUUGACCGCUCUUCUGUUAGCGGUCGGCACAGCAGUGAACGGACUCUCUGUGACCAGGAUUCAUGCAGAUACAAACAUUGGUUCAGCAGCUGGUGGAACGCUAGUGACAAUUAUAGGCGAAGGUAUUGUUGACAACAGUUUCGGUACAUCUGGUACGUCAACUGAUCUAGGCGUGGAAGUGAAUUUUCGCUCACCAGAAAGAGAUUACCCAUGCAAUAUAGAAAAAGAUGCCUCUGAUGAAAAUACCCUUAUCUGCGAGACCACUCCAAUGCCGAGAGGGUCAUACCAACUGAGAAUCAAGUCGAACGGAGAUGAAGUGCCGGGAGCAAAUAUGUGUCACGGUAACCCUGACGGAUGGUGGUGCAGAUUUCAGGUUUUGGAAGGUCGUACUCCUUUAUUACACACCUUUUGGCCGUCGACUACAACACCAGGGAGUAUAGUAGAGAUGCAUGGUAGACUAUUUACAGACAAAACAGACGCCGGAGACUCUUUAAGUUCUAAUGGACGCGAAGCAAUUCUUUCUCGGGUGUAUAUUGGAGGACAGGAAUGUAAACUUCGCAUGGACAAUGAUACUCUAUAUGGCGUACAACUGGCUUUAAUGCAAAACAGCGAUGAUGAAUACUCGAAUUGGGGAAACAUAAAAUGUCUCCAUCAAGGUACUUACGUUGGAUGCCAAAAUGCAAGUUUCAUUAUAAACGAGAAUUACGGACGUUCGGAAUUUCAACCCGGGGCUUUGACUGUUCAUGCAGAUUACAGACUAUGUACUGUGCAGACGUACGCAGUAAUUGACUCUGUGUCGCCCACAAGCGGGUCAACUCAUGGAGGAACAACAAUUAGAGUGGAGGGGAAUUAUUUUAAAGAACCUGGUUCUGUUUCUGUAGAGGUUGGCGGUUCUCCUUGCGAACUUCAAGAACUGGAGGAUACCUGGUUGACGUGUAAAACACCAGGUACUGUCUCGGGUUAUGAUGUGUACCCUGGAGGCCGAGGAAUUAUUGCAGAAUUUUAUCCUGGGCUGACUGAUUCAAGUGAAAUUGAAGGCGUUGAUUAUGAAGAUUAUUCGGGUACAAAACAAAGAAUCCCGUACGAACAAUCCAACUUCAAACACACAACAUCAGAAUCUCCAACCGUUGUCCGUGUUAGAGGAUUCUUCCGACCCGCAAAAUCGGGUACAUACACGCUUAGUACGAGUGUGGAAGCGGAUGUGUACCUCAGUACCGAUCACACAAAAGCAAAUAAAGCUGCGAUGUUGGAAGACGGUGUUCAAUUAACUCAAGGGAAUCUGUAUUAUUAUGAAGCCGUGCGAUUGGAAUCAUCAACCUCGGUCGCCAUGACAAUCGAAGGUUAUCUCAGGGAAACUGACUACAUGAGCUCCCAAACAUCUAUGUCUGUCGACGAAGUUCAACAAGUAGCCUCUACGUCGCCCGAUCAUCCUGAAAUUCAGACUAUCGGUUUGACUAAUUGGGAAACCGACGCCACUGCAGUAAGUGAAGUGAUUGAUCUAUGCAUCAAAUGCAAUCCUGAUGUAAACUGCACCUCUGAAGAAGAAUACGUGUUUUCGUUACACGGCAUUACAUCAGGCGAAUUGCUAGUCAGUUCUACAGCAGAAAUGAUCCAAACUGCUAUUAACAAGCUGCCUACACUUCUUGGCGAUACUGUGAGCGUAAUACAGUCAACAGAUACAACAGUCAUCGGCGAAUGUGAUCUUGGCCAUCAUCAAAUUACGGUGGGAUCUAAGAGAGGUUCUCUGCCCCUCUCGGUUGUAGCAAAACAUGCAACAAGCAUCAGUGCGACUUUGUCGGUAUCAACUGCAGCAGUACCCGACAUGCAAUCCUUUACCGUGGGGCUGAAUGGCAUUCCUACUGGACACGUUGCUGUUGGAAACACCGCACAACUUGCGUCAGCUGUACAUGCAAUAUUUGGUACUAAAUGUCCGGCGGCUUUGGAAAAGGGAAUUGGAUAUGGAAUGUUUGAGGAUUUCGAAUCAACCACAACAGCCCCGACAGGCGAAUUAUCACGGGAAGAUUCUUAUUGUGGAUCGAGGGCGUUGAAAAAUCCUACAACACUAUUCACCACUACUGAAGAUAUAAAAGCAAUCAGCAUAGCUACGACCAUGAAGGUUUGCUUUGCGUACAAAGGUUCGGUAUCCGGAUCUGUGAAAUUGGAUUACUCGUACAUUGUCUCUGAAGAGAGAAAAAGUAGUUCUAUACAAUUGCCUGUCGCCGAGUCUGCUGAUAACUGGAUACACACGUGUGUGGAUAUAAUGCCGAUAAUAGCUGCACAUUUAGUUGGAGUAGCCGCCUAUGGACAUGAGAUUACUGGCCUUGCAGUCGCUGUCGGCCCAUCAGAUAACGGUUUUUUCAUCGACAACGUAUUUGUUGGAACACCUUAUUAUACAGACACUGCAUUGGAAGACAUACGCACUAAAAGAAGGCUGCCAUUGGAUGAAAACCGUGUUGCCGCAGUCACAGUACAACAAGAUGGCUCGAGCUAUGCUGUUUCAAUUACGCCUCUAAAUUGCGGUCAUAAUCUGCCUCUCAUUGAAAUUGCAUAUGCAACAGCAUCCGGUGACGGCACGUUCGUCAGCGAAGCUCAAACAACUUCAUCGAUCACGGUAGUAAGAACUCAAGAGGUUGCGCAACCGAUGGGCGGAACCUUUGCUCUCACAUUACCUGUAGACGGAAGUACCUACGGCGGGACUCUAGCUAGCAUUCCAUGGAAUGCAACUGAUACAUAUUUAGAGAAUGCCAUUGAAACGCUGAACGGAGUUACUGAUGUUCAAGUAACUAGAGGGGGAACGUGCAGAGGAUACACAUGGGACGUGACUUUUAGGAAUCCAGCAGGCCGGCAAGGUAGCUUCACCGUUGACCAGACCGAGAUCACUAAUGCUGAUGCGACUUUCGAUGCCAGCGUCAAGUCUCAGGGAGGACUCUAUCUCAAUCCUAUUCCAGCAGAUUGGCUCCGAACGGCUCACCAGAAACCACAGGUCGAAGUAACGGUUGAAAAUGUACCGAGCAAAUGUACUGGGAAUUGUGAUUUUGAAUGGUCCGAUAACAGCACACCUACUGUUGUAAGUGCAACACCUGUAGGUAGCACAUUGACAAUAACAGGUGAAAGAUUUGAUGCCACCUCAACAGAAAAUUCUGUAACAGUUGGGGGAGUGAGUUGUGUUGUAACAGAUUCCACUGAAACAUCUUUGACGUGCACCCUGGGAGAAUCUCCUGCUGGAACCCAACCCGUGGUUGUUACUGUGAAUGGAAAAGGCAAUGCGAAUUCUGUAGAUAUCGAUGUCCCACUGAGUAUCACCGGCUUUUCCCCCAAUACGGGAAGUGAACAAGGAGGAGCUGAUGUUACGGUUACUGGAACAGGAUUUUCUAGUGGGAUUUCAUUGCAGUUUGGAGAUUCGACUUGUAUAAUUAUGACACCAGUAGAAUACACUUCUUUGACUUGCAUAACUGGAGCGGCUACCGGUGCAAGGGUAUUGACCGCAACUAUGGGAACUCUCUCCGCCACAUCUGACGCUGAGUUCGAAUUUGGUGUGUCUACGACCGAAGUUACCGACCUUUCACAAACGGAAUUCAAUGCAUUGGGUGGUGAUACGACAAUUACUGGAACCGGCUUUGGAGACAGCAAUGAAAAUAAUAAAGUAUUCAUUGGAGACACUGAGGUCAUGAUAAAAUCAUGGUCAGACACCGAAAUUGUGGUAACACUGCCAUCCAUGGCGCCCGGUACUUACAACUUGCGAGUACGCAUAUAUCCCGCAGGAUAUGCUUCUUUUGCAAUUUCAAACCAAAUAACAUACGCAUUUGAAGUAGAUAAUAUCUCACCGACUACGUCAUCGUUAUCGGGCGGACGACAGGUGGUCCUCACUGGCAAAGGAUUUGAUGCUGAAGGCAUUGAGGUCAGAAUUAGAGAUACACCAUGCAUAAUAGACAGUUCGCUAACUACAGCAACUUCUAUCACAUGUACCAUGGGGAGCUGUGGAACAACGCAUGCGGUCGAUAACACUGGACCAUGGACGCACGGAAUCGGAUACGCAUGGAACCCCGAUAAAUUGCAGGCCUCCGUCGGUGAUGCAAUAGCUUGGCAAUGGAAACCUCAACUAACGGCAUCUGGCGCUUCAUAUCAAGUAUACACAACUAAGUCUGCUGAUAGCACUGAAUACGAUGAAAAUGGUUUUCACAGUGGCCCACUAUCAACAACUGGAAGUUAUUCGUAUCGAUUCAAUAAACCUGGGAUCUAUUACUACUACGGUUGUGCAAACCAAGCGUGUUCAAUGGAGAUGCGGGGCGUUGUAACUGUUGAAGAUCCAACCGACGUUUCUGCUGUGGUUUCCGUGAAAGUUGGCGAUAUUGAAGCAACAUAUCCAACUGCUGACGGACUAUCCGUGGCAUGUGAAGUUGCACUGACCCCAACUAUCGAUUCAAUAUCACCGUCACAGGGAAAUUCUGACAAUCUGAUCACUAUAACUGGUACCGGAUUCUCCGCAGUUGCAGGAGAAACAACUGUAACAGUCGGAAGUGCGCCCUGUACAGUGGAAGGAACGACGACAGCCACAGAAGUGACCUGCAAAAUUGGUGUGGAUGCUGGCCUUUCAGUAGGACUCAACCAAGAAGUUACAGUCAAUGUUGCUAAUAAAGGCUCCUCUAGAAGUGACAUUCGUCUUCUAUCCGCGCGAUAUUUUGCUCUUACACCAUCCUUGUCAAGUGUUUCUCCAGCAAGCGGUUCGCUGGCCGGCGGAACUCGCCUUACAAUCACGGGUGGCGGACUUACGGGAACCUCAUCCGUGAUAAUUGGAAGCGUGGCGUGUGUCAUAGAUGAAAGCACCAGAACUUAUACAUCGGCACAAUGUGUGACAGCUGCAGCCCCAGCAUGGUCUGGUGAUAUUACUCACGAAGUCACCGAAAAUGGGGCUGUAAUGACAGCAGCUUGCACUGGAACUUGUAGUUUCCAAUAUUCAGCAGACGCCACUCCCACACUUUCUGAUGUCAGCCCAGCAAGUGGUACAGGAACGACUGUUCUUACGCUAACUGGAGCAGGGUUUGGAACAGUGGCGGCAGAUGUAAGUGUGACAGUUGGGAAUACAGUUGGGACAGUAACGGCCGCUACCGAUGAAAGCAUAAGUUGCACUGUUGCAGAUGUACCGGCUGGUGAUCACCAAGUAAAAGUUGUAGUUGAUGGAAAAGGUAACGCUGACCCUGGAACAAGCGCGCCAGUUUUUACAAGUACAGCUGAGAUAAUCAGUGUGGACCCUGCCACAGGAAGCAUAAACGGCGGAACAGAAGUUACUAUUCAAGGAAACGGCUUUGUUGAGGGCAGUACAUCAGUUGUUGUUGAAGACACAGGAGCCGCAUGUACUGUUCUAUCAGUCUCACCAAGUGAACUGAAAAUUGCAACUCCAGCCCAUUCUGCUGGACAAGCUCAACUCAUUGUUACAUCAAACAAUGUCCAGUACGGCCCGCAAACUUUUGAUUACUCAAACGAUGCAACUCCAACUGUAACCCUUGUCGAGCCAAGCACAGCUAAGGCCGGAGAGACGAUCACAUUGACAGGAACGCAGAUUGGCAUCGCACCCUUGGUAACCAUUGGUGGUGUGCCGUGCGAAGUCACUUCACCAUCUGAUACCAGCACGCAAUGCACUCUUGGUGCACGAUACGGUGGGGCCGCUGCUGUAUCAGUAAAAAUAGCCGAACUUGGAUAUGCUACAAUUGCUGAAACCGCGACGUUCGAGUACACAUUCGACAUUACUUCCAUAACUCCAGAUACAGGGGCUAUCGGUGGCGGUCAGGUGGUGACUAUUGCGGGAGACGGAUUUGCAGCAGAAUCUGUUGUUGAGAUUUGUGGAGAAAAGUGCGAAAUUUCUGAAGUCCAGGCAACGUCAAUCACAUGUGAGACGCCAGCAACGGACGCAGGCAAACAAUGCGAUGUACAAGUAAAAAAUUCCGAUACGGACAGUGUCUCACUGGCUGCAGCUUAUCAAUACGACGAGUCAAUUUCUCCGACAAUUACAUCAAUUUCCCCAGCGACUGGCGGAACCGGCGGAGGAACAGUUUUAACCGUGGAAGGAACUGGCCUGAGUGGAAUUUCUGAAGUAACCAUUGCUGGGAGCGUCUGUGAUUUAGAUUCAGAUUCUAUUACUGAAACCUCUUUCCAAUGCACGACAAACUCUCAUUCAGGAACUACCAAAACCAGAGUUUUAGCUCGAUCUGGAUCUCAUGGAUUGGCAAGCGUUGCUGGUGAUAAUUUCGAAUACAUCGACAGAUGGUCGUCCGUUUUUACAUGGGGUGGAGAAACUUUACCACAAGAUGGAGAAUUUGUCGUCGUUCAAGAGGGUCAGACCGUUCUUCUUGAUACAUCAACCAACAUACUGAAAAUGCUUCUUAUACAAGGCGGUACUGUGAUUUUUGAAGACGGAAGAACAGACGAAACUCAUCUACAAGCUGAAAAUAUUUUAAUCGUUGGCGGUGGAAAAUUACAGAUUGGUACUGAAGAGGAGCCUUACCAAUCAAACGCACUAAUCACAAUGCACGGGCAUUUACGCUCUCAAGAGUUACCAAUCUACGGUGCUAAGACAUUAGGAGUCAGAGAAGGGGUUUUGGAUAUGCACGGAAAACGCAUAGACAAUACAUGGGUUCUACUCGCUCAAACAGUCGAAAGUGGGGCUACACAGCUUCAAUUACAAACUCCAGUUGCGUGGGCAGUUGGGAGUACUGUCGUGGUUGCAUCGACCGGAUUCCGUCACAGCCAAAGUGAAAAUGAAGAGGCAGAGAUUGCAGCAGUGUCAACUGACGGAAUGACUUUAACAUUGGCACAACCACUUGCUCAUCGGCAUUUGGGAAUUGAAGAAACUUAUGAAACACCAAAAGGACCAGUAACGUUCCAAUACAGAGCUGAAGUCGGUUUGUUGACAAGAAACAUUAAAUUCCAAGGAUCGAGUGACAAGUCCUGGCAUGAUGUAAUUGAAGCAUGUCCAGAUGGUUUCAAUACUGGAAUGUUUGCAACUCAAACCUGUUUCCAAGGCCGAUUUGGUGAAGAGAUGGGAUCGGAUGAAUUUGGUGCAUCCAUCAUGAUACAUUCGAAACAACCUGCAACCGAUCCCCAUCAACCCCUCGCACUAGCUCGUCUUGAAUAUGUAGAAUUGAAUUAUGUUGGACAGGCGUUCAGACUUGGCAGAUAUCCAAUUCACUGGCAUUUGAUGGGGAACAUGUCGGAGGCUUAUGUGCGCGGGUGUGCAAUUCACCAAUCCUUCAAUCGCGCAGUAACCAUCCACGGGACACACAAUCUACUUGUUGAACAAAAUGUGGCAUAUAAUGUAAUGGGAGGAAACUAUUUCGUUGAAGAUGGAAUUGAAACCAACAAUAUAAUACAAUAUAAUCUGGCGGUUUUUACCAGAGCAAGUUCGUCGCUGCUCAAUGAUGACGUUACACCAGCGGCUUUUUGGAUUACCAAUCCAAACAACAUUGUUAGACACAAUCACGCAGCUGGUGGAACUCAUUUUGGUUUCUGGUAUCGUAUGCAUGCGCACCCUGACGGUCCAUCCUUCACUGAACUUGUUUGUCAACAACAUGUCCCACUUGGAGUAUUCCAAAACAACACCGCUCAUUCAAUGGGAUGGUUCGGAUUGUGGAUUUUCAAGAUUUAUGAACCUAUGGAAGGCGAUAGUUGCAGCAGUUCACUUCCGAUCGCUGCAAAGUUUGAUUCGCUCAAAGCCUGGCAUUGUGAAAAGGGUGCUGAGUGGGUUAUUGGUGGAGCUAUACAAUUUCAAAACUUCAUGUUGUCUACCAACGAAGAUUCCGCUAUGGAUAUAAAGAAAAUUACUGGCAGAAAUGUUAAUUAUGAUCCAUUUCGUGGAGCAAGGGUCAGUGAUUCCUGGCUAGUUGGAGAGUCUGAUUGGGCAGCAAGCCUCGGAAUGACAUCUACACCAACUGCAAUUAAAGUGCCCAUGUCCCAAGGUAUAUACAUAUAUGGUGUCAACUUCAUCAAUUGGAGGGGACCAACUUUUGCAAUAACGGUCAUCUCUGGCACCUGUACAAAAUUCUGUGGCGGAUUUAAUGUUUUCCUUGAAAAACUCACAUUCACGAAUUCACCAGUACGCACUACGUGGAGUUGGGUGCAUGAGGUUGUUUACAAUGACGUUGAUGGUACAUUCACAGGAUUAGGAGUUCCCAAAAAACUGGUACCAUGGGGUUCCCAUAUUGCUGGAAGUACUGCAACUGGAAUAUGUGAGGAAUCUACAAACCCUUUGUAUGGUGCAACUGAUGCAAUUUCAACAGGACUUUGCGAUUGGACCGUUGACUUUCAUCGUUUUGCAAUGAAUAACGUUGCCCCAUCUUCUCUGGAAUACCAAGAUUUUAUUUGUGAAAACCAGUAUGGCACGACAUUUUCCACAUAUCAAAAAAAAAGACUCACACAUAAAUUUGGAUGGAUGCUCUUACUUCGUAGCCGUGAAACUUAUAAAUGCUGGUUUGAAUAUGGCGAGCACAUCUCCAACUUGACUUAUAAUGCAGGAAUAUAUGAUUUCAAUCAUGGUGACUACCUGAUCAUGAAACAUCCAGUCAAUCAAAAGCCUGACAAAAUUACAAUGCAUGAUAAUGACGAUAGGACCAUGGAGGAAAUGGAAAAAUUAACGGCAGCCAGUUCACAUCUGGCAUGGUAUUACAGUGCGGAAGAUAAGAUGGUAGAAUACAUGGUCAAGAAUGAAGACGAGGAAUCUACAACUCCAUCUGACUGGGAGACAUACUCGGUCGCACCCAAAUAUUACAGGUGUUUUUACAAAGACUGCAUUCAGCCACUCAGCACAUCUGGUUUGCCUCGAGCUCGAGAACUUCCAGCCAAUUACACAACUGUUUCAGAUCUUACCACACACAGUGAUUGUUUUGUAUUUGAGGGAGAUUCAGCUGAAGACAGCCCCAAUGCCACAAUUCCAGAGGAUUGUUGGGUUGUGUGGGCUGUGCCACAGGCAAGGCUUAAUAAAGUUUUUAUACGCGGAACAGUGAGUUUAGAUCCUGCAGUUCCGGUAAUGGCACUAUCUGCUACACACAUCAUUGUACAGGGCUCAUUGUACGUUGGUUGGGAUGACACUGAUCCACAUCCUGGUGUAGUGGAUUUUACACUUCGUGGAAACACUACAAGUGAAGAGUUGGAUGCAACUGGUUCUUUAGCUCUUGGAGCAAAAGUCUUAGCCUGCCUUGGAAGAUGUGAGAUACAUGGUCUUGACCCAGGUGUUGUAAAAACGAAGCUUCGAGAAACCGUACUAAAAGGUUCAACAACCUUACCGCUCUUAGAACCUGUACCAUGGGUCGCUGGAAAUGUAAUCGCUCUUGCUCCUACAGGAUUCAAUCCAUGGAAUUCUGAAAAAGCUGUUGUUUCAUCUGUAUCUGAUGAUGGAAUGACUCUAGUUUUGGCAGCACCCCUUGAGCAUGACCAUAAAGCCGCCACCUUCAGCCAUGCAUCGAAAACAGAUUCUUCAAGGACAUGGGAAGUUGAAAUGUUGGCAGAAAUUGUGCUUCUUUCACGUAAAAUAACAAUACAAGGUGAAAUCGAUGAUGAUAUACUUGAUGACGGAUUUGGAGUAAGAACUCUUGUAGGGACUGCUGGAGAAUUUGAAGCAAUAUCAAGUUUCACAUCUGUGCAAUUUAAAAAUGCUGGUCAGUUGGGACAUUCUGAUUCUUUCGAUCCACGAAUUCAGUUGGCUUACAAGUCUGCCGGACCUGGUGGUAAAGUAGAGAAAUGUUCUUUCCAAGAUGGGUUCUCGAUUGGUGUAGGACUCUACUCUACAAGUGCCACAAAGGUGUAUGAGAAUGUGUUUUUCCACACGGUUGGAGGAGCUCUUGUCGAUGAAGGAAUAUCGAAUGAUAUCAAGGAUAAUGUCGCCAUAUUGGAUGAAUUUCCAUUUACCUAUCGAGACAGAUUUGUGAAAAGCUGGGAAUAUCAUGGUGCCUUCACCUUAGACAAGUCUCAAAAUGCACAGUUUAACAACAACACUGUUGCUGGAGCUGAGAGAGCUGCGUUUCAGGUUGCAGGACAACCAUGCCAGAAUAAUCCAGUCUCGCCAUGGUCAGGGAAUGUUGCACACGCCACCUUGAUUGGAGUAUAUCAAAUUGCGGCAUCCUCAUCAUGUACUCUUUUGAAUGAUUUCACUAUUUACAAAGCUUGGGAUUAUGGAAUUUAUCAUCAAGUCUCUUCAAGUGCUGAGAUCGUCAACUGCAAAGUUCUUGAUGCUCAAGUUGGAUAUGCGCCUAUUGUUUUUGGACCACCUUCGCUGACUCAUCAAUUUGAAGACAAAUACGCAAAAGUUGCAGAUUCUGUAUUUGUUGGACGAACUUCAUGUGAUGCUGAUGACUUGGAUGAAAAUACAGAUGAUAGCUUAACAGCCCGCAGAGUUGCUGGAGCAAAUAAAAAAGCUCCGUCAAAUAGUCACGGUGGACGAAUCGCUGUUCUAUUGCCAAUGUUUGCGAGUGGUCAAAACGGAGCAACAUUUAAAAGUUUACUGAUGAAUAAAAACUACCCAUCCAUUCGUGGAAAGCUAACUGUGGAAGGUGUCACAUUUGCCAGUUACCAAUCAGAAGAGUGUAGUGGAAUUACUGAUGUUGUCUUACAUACUGCCGGUGCAAACGAGGAUUUUAUUCAUCCAACAGAUCUAAGUGAAACUCAAUUGGUUGCUGUUUCAGAAGCUGCAAAAGUGGAUUUUCUCGACGCAUCACUCUCGAAAGUCAAUCCAGCUGAUUGUGUCGACAUGCCAUGUGACGCGAAAAAGCAAGUUUUGGUCAAAGAUACUGAUGGGUCAUUUCUCGGUGAAGUUGGUGCCGUAAUACCAAAGUCUGAAUUUCAAUGGGGCGAAGAUCCAAGAUAUGGUACUGGAGAUUACAGAGUUCCGAAAGUCAUGAGAUCGGAUGAAAAUGGUCAGAAAAUACCUGUUGAUGACAUAGCCAAGGAGAGAGGAAUUCCUCGAAACGAUGCAUGUACUUGGGUACCUGAAUGGAACGCAUAUAAAUGUGUUGGUGUAGGGGCUUAUGAUUACAAAGUAUUGGUUAUGGAAAGUUUGGACCCAGAUACAGAACUUAGACGAUUGUCUCCUGUCGGAAUCUUGUGCAAUGAUCACAUGAAUCUUGCCAAUGGCCCACAAGAUCAUGGCUGGUGUGCAGGAUAUACUUGCCAGAAAAGAAUUUCUACAUUCUGGAUUAUUGUACCAAAUCAAAGUAAUGUAACUAUUUAUUUCUCUGGUACAAACCCAAAGAAAACGCGUUUUCAUUUGCUUGAUCCAAAACCUGAAGACAAAGUUGUUUUGUCUGUUUGGAACCCCAUUCCACAAAAGCAAGAAGUUUCAAAUGCAAAUGGUGUAGUGGUGACACCGUCAAAUGCAUAUUCACUUUCUGAUGGCAAAGUAAGACUGGCCAAGCCAACUGAUGAAAAUAUCCCAACCCUUUCAGCUCCAAGCGGUGCCAACGUGUAUGAUUUUGAUACCAAAUUAACCCAUAUAGCUCUUGGAGGUGACGGAGGCGAUGGCGAUGCAGUUGUCACAGUUGAAACGAAGGAUAGCGUUAUUGUUAACUUUGGAUUCCCUGCGGUUGCUCUUGAUGAAUUCUUCGAAGAUAAUCUCAUCAAUAACUUGGCUGCUCUUCUUGGAAUAGAACCAGCUAAUAUUCGAUAUGUUAAUGUUGUAAGAGAAACUUCAUCUCGCAGAAAACGAAGUGAGGAUGGAACAGUAAUAAAAACAGUAGAGAUUUCAACUGAUGAUGCUACAGCAGCUCGCGAAUUGAUCAUAGAUGAAGUUCAAGUUGAUAAAUUAGAAGAAAAAUUGGGUGUUGGAGAAAUAGAAUCAGUUUCUAUAGGUAAAACUAUGGAUGCGAAAACUAUUGCGGAGACUGACGAAGCCUUGAGAAGUUCCGAUUCGAGCGUUGAGAGUUUCGAUACCGUUCGCGCCCCAACCAAAAUAUCACUGGUCACGUCCCCUGCUGGUGAGGAGUUGUCAGUAUUUAAUGCAACAAUUCACAUCUUAGAUGAUACUGACACACUUGUAUCAACAACCAAUGCAUGGAAAGUAAAUGUCACUCUGGAUUCCAAAUCAGACUCGUUAGCUGAAUUGUCGGGAAAAACUGUUGAAGUCACAUUUGAAAACGGGGAAGCGAAGUUUACUGACCUUAGUAUUUCACACAGUGGAACUUACACACUUGUAUUUACGGCUUGGAGUACAGCUUCAGAUAACAUAACGCUGUCUACCACAUCACCAGAAAUCGUCAUUACAGAACGAACAGUCAAUGUGAAUUUUGAAAAACUGACUCCAGAAUUACCGAAAGAAGGAGACAAUUUACAAUUUGAGUUGCAACUUGUAGAUGAAAAAUCUGAAGCUCUAACACAAGUAUCUCAUAAGGAACUUACAUGGAAAGUUGAAAUUUGUUUUGACGAUCCCAACAUGUAUACAGGCGUUGCUUUAUCUGACACGAAUGUGGUUACUUUUGAUGGAGAAACAGGAAAAGCGACCACCAGCAUUUCAUUGAGUGGAACAAGUGAUUACCUAAUUUACAAUUUGAAGUUCCGACUUUAUACAGAACCAGCAACCACCACUUAUGACAAGACAAUUGGUAUCAAGGAUGUUCAGAUUUACCCAACAAACGAGGCAGAUUACAAGCACAAUGGUGGAGUGACAAUGCAACUUGUAUUCCUUUUUGUUGAUGACUACGAUACUGUGCUUCAGAGCAGUGAUGUUAAAACAGUACAGACCGGGACAUACAACGAUAUGGCUUCAAAAUUUGAUAAAGUCUAUUUGAGUCCUUUCAUUGCUUCAAAAUCAACAGGUUCUCGCAAGAGACGUUCAACAGGAACUACAGAUGGCAAACUCACAAUUACCACAACAGCAAGGGGCACGACUCAGGAAGAUUUAGACCAAUUCAUUGAAGAUUUCGAAGCGGACGGAAGGGUUAAUUAUGGUAGCACUCAACUCACACUUGCAUCUUCAUGUGGCAUUACAAAGGACGGCUCUUGUUAUGGAGAAGAGGCUACAACUGUACAGGACACAACCACUACGAGCAAAGCUUCAGCAGAAGUUAACACUGACAGUCAGACAACCAUCAUAAUAUUCGCAGCACUCGGUGGAUGCGUGGUCCUGGCUGCGAUCAUCAUUACUACAACUUGCCUCGUGAAGCGACAGAAUACUAUGACCAAAGUGUCUGCGAUGAGAUGUUUGGAUGCCAGAAGUGGAAGCCCUGAGUCGCAAGCCCCGUUGUACUAUUCAUUGGAUAGUUUUCGGCCAGGAACGGGAAAGGAUUGGAGGGGAGCAACUCCGGAUUCCUUCAGAGCCUACGACAACAUGACUCCGGUGGCCCAAGCCUAGUCAGCUCCAAGUCUUGAUGUAUUUAUGUGUGAUAUUGUCGUUACUCUUUUUGCGUCCGCUUUACCAUCUCUCUUUUCUUAAAUUGUUGUAGUACUAGUAUAUACGUGUUAUGUGAUUGGGUAUAAACCUUUUCCAGUUUUUUUUAUCUUCUAUCACUGUGUUUAUUGUACUUUUUCCAUACUAUCGUAUCACUCUCAUUUUAUAGCUCUUCUUUUUGUGUAUGUAUGCCUUCCAAAAAUAAUUUUCUAAUCAAGAUAAUACCAAACCACUUUUCUGUCCAGUCUUUUAACCAUUUUAGUUUGUUUUUUGUCUCAGCAACAAUUUGUUGAAUAAUUGUGAAGAAUUACUGCCGUGGAGCCAGCACCGUACCCCGGAAAGAUAUUAGUACAAUAAUACAAUUUCCUCUUCUGAUUUAAAAUUGAUUACAAGCAUUUGGAAAUAUAAAAUAAGCCAACUGACGUUACAACAAAGUAUGCGCGAAAACAACUAUUAUCCCACGUAAAAUCGGUCCAGUCAGCUGGUUAUCAGUUAAUUGCAUAGUUAUCCUUUUAUUAUGUUCAAUUCAGAAUAAUAUUUCUCUUCAAAUGCCUGGCUUCCACUGUUUUAUUUUUAUUACCUUAGAUGUGUACAGAUCGUUUGAUCUUCUUAAACAUGAAUAUAUUUUUAGCAACAAUG